AUGUUGUUAAUAUUUUUGUCAUUACUACUACCAGUAUAUGCCGAUAGUUGGAGUAAGCUGGGAUGUUAUUCUUCCAUUAAUGUUGCCGAAUCAAAAGGUAGUUAUACAUUCCAAAGUUCUGGAUACUGUCAACAACAGUGUGCAGGGUAUAGAGUGGCAGCAUUGAAGAAUGGUAACGAAUGUUAUUGUGGUGAUGUUGAUCCAACGUCACAAAGUAAUGGAUGUAAUAUGAAAUGUUCAGGUUGGCCCCUGGAUACUUGUGGUGGAAGCUCUGCAUAUAUGGUGUACAUUAAUGCCGAUGCCGAUUCCCAAGCAGAAUCAAGCUCAACAUCAACAACGUCUACAAGUUCAACAUCAUCAUCAUCAUCAUCAACAACAACAUCAUCGACCUCUACGUCAUCAUCGACCUCCACGUCAUCAUCAAGUUCAUCUACAUCUUCAACAUCAACGGAGGAACCAUCUACUACCACCAUUCAAGCAACAACAACUGAAGAGAGUACAGCUCAGCCAGAGACCACUGAGCAACCAGAAACAACAACUUCAUCUUCGUCAUCACGUACAACCACUCAACCUCGAACUACAACAGUAAUUUCCACAUCAGUACAGAAUGGUACCCCUAGUGUUGUUUACAAAACAAUAGUAGCUACUCCAAGUUCUAAUCCAUCUACAUCAUCGUCGUCAAGUUCCAGUUCCACUACAACGCCACCAUCUACAUCUACAUCUUCAUCUCCAUCAGAGACUGGCAAUAACGAUAAAGGUAAAAACCAAUCAAAAUCAUCAGUUUCAGGAGGCACUAUAGCAGGAGCUGUAGUUGGGUCAGUCGCUGGAACAGCAUUAAUUGCAGGAUUAGUAUUUUUGUUCUGUUGGCAUAGAAGAAAGAAGCAGGAUGAAUACGAUGAAGAUGUGGAUGAUCAAUUCACACUUUCUGGGCCAAAGCAAGAAAUGGAACAUCAUCCAUAUUCAACCAUAGGUGGUGGUGCUGGCGGUGGCGGUGGAGGAGCACCAAUGAUGGAUCCUAAUCCAUUUUUAAUUGCUGGUGGUUAUAAUAAUUUUGAUACAUCUCAACAACAAACCCCAAGACAACAAAUUACAUCAAAUGGAACUGUCGGUGGAUCAGGUGGUUACGGUCACAAUUACAAAAUAAGCUCUAGUGGAACCAGUGGUGAUGGUAAUCACUCAUUUGGAUCACAAACAGAUACUGAAUUUGCAUUUUAUGAUUAUAAUAACUCCAACAAUAAUAAUGCCAUCACCAACCCUAACAAUAACAACAACAAUAAUGCCAAUAAUGGACUUUUGAAUACCGAUUCACCGAAUCCAGAAUUUGGUAGACGAAAAUUGAGUAAUGGAUCAUUACCAGAUAUGAUUGCUCGAAAUCCCGGAUCUUUAAAAGUGGUCAAUAAUUAA